AUGACACAUCGUUAUCUUGACUAUAUUCUUAGUCUUGGAGAGUAUUCACAACUCGAUAGAAAUGGUUUUAUCUUUAAGGCAAUAAGAAAGUUUCUAAAUAAAUCAUCGGUGGGCUUCCCUAUGGACCGAACUUCAAAAAAAGUUAAUUUCGAUAUUAGAGUUACCAACAACUAUAACAACUACGAUGGUUACAAUUUUAGUGAUUGGCCGUCUAUUCUGGAGGAUAUCAAAGACCUCGAUUGUAUCAUGCUGAGUAACAACAUUUUACUAACAAAAACAGUAUUACCAUUAUUCGAUCAUUUCUUGUUGAUUGAUAAAGAUGAUCAAUUUCACUCUGAUACAGAUGAUUACGAAGAUGAUGAAUAA